UAAUUUAUUGUUUAAGAAAUUACGUCCGGAGCUCCAUUCAGUUUUCCCCUUGGAUCUGUCUUGCAACCUCUGCAAUUUGCUGUACCAAAAAUGGCGACCGCUGCCUCAACUAUCUCGCUAAAGCCUAAAGCAUCAAUAGCUACCUCCAUUUCCAAACCCUCCCUUUCUUUCUCAUCUCCUCGGUCUAUAAAACUCCCCUCUAUUCAUCCACACUCAACCUUCAAACCGCUCACCUCCAACGCGCGUUCUGUCCUCGUUCCACGCUCCACCGCCACUCCCUCUUCCACCACUUCCACAAUCGCAACCACUUUUCAUGGACUCUGCUACGUUGUUGGAGACAACAUCGACACCGACCAAAUAAUUCCCGCCGAGUAUCUAACCCUUGUACCUUCAAACCCAGCCGAAUACGAAAAGCUUGGCUCUUAUGCCUUAAUUGGCCUUCCAGCCUCUUAUGAAACCAGGUUCAUUGAACCGGGUGAAACGAAGACCAAAUACUCAAUAGUGAUUGGAGGCGAUAAUUUUGGAUGCGGAUCAUCGCGUGAGCACGCGCCGGUGGCUCUUGGUGCGGCUGGCGUUGCGGCUGUGGUUGCGGAAUCUUAUGCUCGGAUCUUCUUCAGGAACUCGGUGGCCACCGGAGAAAUUUAUCCUCUGGAAUCAGAGGUUAGGAUUUGUGAGGAAUGCAAAACUGGGGAUGUGGUGACCAUUGAGCUUGCAGAGGGUCGCUUGAUUAAUCACACGACUGGAAAGGAAUACAUACUUAAGCCCAUUGGAGAUGCUGGUCCGGUGAUUGAGGCUGGAGGGAUUUUUGCCUACGCGAGGAAGACGGGGAUGAUCCCAUCAUAAUCCGCUUAACAAUUAAGGUGUUUUUUCUACUAUGGGCAUUACUAGCAGGAUUCACAGAUCAGGGGCAGCAUAGCUUAGUUGAUUUCUUUUACCGAUAUCUCAGACUUUCAAAGUAAAUGUGUGCUGAAGCUUUUAGCUUUUUAGUUUCUUUUCUUGUAUGUGGCUAGUUGUGUUGCAGUGGCUGGGCCCAAGUAAAACAUUCCAUGGUAAUUUUGACAUUGCAGAAGUUACAUGCUCAAUUAUCAUAGACUUCAACUGUCAAGUUUUCUUCCCUUUUGCAUGAGAAUAUUAAAAAUGAUUAUAUGUGUUGAA